AUGAACGGCGUAAACGGCGCUGGAGCUGCCUCCCAGGUCCCUGUGUGGCUGGACUGUGACCCCGGCCAUGAUGAUGUCUUUGCCAUCAUAUUAGCUGCCUACCAUCCCCGAAUCAAGCUGCUCGGCAUCUCAACCGUCUUUGGAAACGCUUCACUCGACCAUACCACCCGCAACGCCGCCUCUGUUCUCACCGCCAUCGGAAAGCACAAGCAUGUCCCGCUCUACCGCGGCGCUCACAAAGCUCUGGAGCGCCCUGCCGUUCACGCUCCCGACGUCCACGGCGAAUCCGGCCUGGACGGCACCGACCUUUUGCCCCGGCCGGAAUGCGAGCCGCUUCCCGGGUCUGCCGUAAUGGCCAUGGCCGAGGCCAUCAGAGCGCAGGCUCCCGGAACCACUUGGAUUGUCACGACUGGCUCGCUCACCAACCUCGGCACCCUGCUGCGCGGCGACCCCGGCAUCAUCGACCACGUCAAGGGCAUCAGCCUGAUGGGCGGCUCCUUCGGGGGGGACUUCUCCGACGCCGUCAUGGGCAUGGUCGAUGGCAAGGAACGUGUCGGCAACAUCACCCCCUGGGCAGAGUUCAACAUCCUCAUCGACCCCGAGGCGGCCGCCGAGGUGUUUCACAACCCCAAGGUGGCCAGCAAGACGACUGUCGUCCCGCUCGACCUGAGCCACCAGGUCCUGGCGACGGACGACAUUCGCAACCUCCUCCUGUAUGGCGUGGAUGGGAAGCGCGAGGGACGGGGCAAGACCGUUCUGAGAAGAAUGCUGGUCGAGCUGCUGUACUUUUUUGCCCAUACUUAUGCGGACGUUUUCGGCAUCACCGCCGGCCCGCCACUCCAUGAUCCCAUUGCCGUCGCGGCUGUGCUACUCGGGACGGAUGACGAAAUUGCCUUUCAUCAAUGGGACGACAAGAGAAGCGCGGCUCCCAAACACGAGGAGCGCUUCCAAGUCACCGUCGUGACAGAAGGAACGUUUGAAAAAGCCAGGGACGGCCACGCGCAGACUGGUCGCACCAUUGCCAGGCUCCUGCCCCCUGGGGAGGAAGGCGUCAGGAUACCGAGGAGCAUGGACAGAGCCAAGUUCUGGCAGGUGAUUGAAGAGUGCGUCAGGCGUGCCGAUGAAGAGAACGAAUUGCUCGGUAGACAAUAG